UUGACCAUCGCAAAUCUGGGUAUGUGAGAAAUGAGAGGCAGCCGAAAUCCGUCCGGACCAACUGCGUGAACACAGCGGUCCAGUCCUUCUCAGAGUCGCCUGAUGAUGGCCGCGGCUGUGGAGAGAGGAGGGGUCCGGGCCGCCUUCCUAAGCCCGGGCGGCGGUGCACCCGCUCCCGCAGCCGCCGCCGCCGCGCCCGCGGGAGGACCAGCCAUGGCCGGAGCCCCGGGAUCGGCUCCCAUCAUGCCCGUGCCCAUGAAUUUAUUCGCAACGUGGGAGAUUGACCGCUCAUCUCCAAGCUGCGUGCCAAGGUUGUGCAGUCUGACUCUGAAGAAGCUGAUCGUCCUGAAAGAACUGGACAGGGAACUCAGUUCUGUUGUGAUUGCCGUCAAAAUACAGGGCUCAAAACGCAUCCUGAGGUCCAACGAGUACAUGCUUCCCCCAAGCGGAUUGAUGGAGACAGACCUGGAGCUUUCCUUCUCGUUGCAGUAUCCACACUUCCUGAAGCGAGACGCCAACCGGCUGCAGAUCAUGCUUCAGCGCAGGAAACGCUACAAAAACAGGACUAUUCUGGGCUACAAGACGCUCGCCGUAGGGGUUAUUAAUAUGGCUGAGGUGAUGCAGCAUCCUACAGACGGAGGGCAGAUUUUGGGUCUGCACAGUAAUGUGAAGGAGGCACCGGUACGAGCAGCAGAGCUCAGUGUUUAUUCACUGUCCAGUCAACCAAUCGACCCGGAGGACGGCAGCGGACAGCCUGAGACCAAGGCCAAAACAUCAGACCGUUCUCCAGAUAUGGAUAACUACUCUGAGGAUGACGAUGAUAGUUAUUCAUCAGAACAAGAGGCCAGUGAUGAUGCUGUUCAGGGCCAGGACCUUUAUGAUGAGGAUGACGAUGUGCAGCGAAAGCCAAAAAAAUCUCGAAGGAAAAUGAUAAGAACCACAUCGAUGACCCGGCAACCCAAUUUCAAGCAGAAGUUUGUGGCUCUCCUGAAGAGAUUCAAAGUGUCUGAUGAGGUGUUGGACUCAGAUCCAGUGGAUCAGACACAGGAGGUGGAAGAUCUGGAUCUUCUGUACGACAGUCUGGAGGUUUAUAACCAGAGCGACAGCGGCCCAGAGAUGGAGGACAACGAGAGUCUCCUCAGCACCCCAAAACCCAAACUCAAGCCGUUCUUUGAGGGAAUGUCUCACUCCAGCUCACAGACGGAAAUCGGCAGUCUGCACAGUCAGAAGAGCCAGCCGAGAGACACGCCGGCUGCUUGUGGUGAUCUGUUAACAGUGGAUAAGAACAGAGCAGCAUCGAGCCGAUAUCCAGACGACUCUACAAUGGUGGACUCCACAGCAGUGGAGCUGCUGGAGGACGAGGCGGGCAGUGGUGUGGCAGUGUGUGACAGCAACAUGAGCUGGGACACAAACACAGAGAAGACAGCAGGAGCGCUCGGAAAACUCUGCAAAGCUGAGUCUCAGACACACAUGUCACCCAGUAAAGCAGACAGUAAACUGCAGAGGCGUCCUCGCAGCACAUCCAUGAAGGACCGGCAGAACUCCAAAGCCCAGAGCGACCGCACCAGCAGCAUCGAGAGCGAGACCUCGCCAGACUCAAGGCUCAUCACGCAGGUUUGUGUGCCCAGGAAAUCAGUGUACGAUCAGCUCAACCAGAUCCUGAACUCGGACGAACAUCUGCCCGAAAACAUUAUCCUGAUUAACACUACAGACUGGCAGGGGCAGUAUCUGAAUGAGCUUCUCCAGGAGCACAAGCAGCCCAUCGUGUCCACAGUUUCCCCCGCAGACGUCCAGGCCGCCUUCAACACCAUCGUCACCAGGAUCCAGAGAUUCUGUAACUGUAAUGCUCAGACGCCUCCCACCAUGAAAGUGUCAGUGGCUGGAGAUCAGAGUUACCUGAGUUCAGUCCUGCGCUGCUUUGUGGAGCAACUCGCCAACAAAACCCCCGACUGGCUUAACUACAUCCGCUUCCUGCUCAUCCCUGUCGGUUGUCAUCCUCUGGCCAAAUACAUCUCUACGUUUGACAGCAAGUUCAACAACAUCUUCAUGGAUGCAGGAUGGAGGGAUGUUUUUGGCAGGCUAGAAGCUCCCUCUUCAGAUAAUAUCGAUGUGGCCGGACGCGUCUCUCAGUAUCUGGCUGGAGCCAAUCUGUCACACCAGUUCCCCAUCUCGGAAGCAAUGCUCACCUAUAAACAGAAAAGGAAAAGAAGUUUGUAUUUUGAUUUUUACAUCAGCCCUGAUGAAGACUCCUGCCAGAAGUUCGUCCCGUUCAUUGGGUUGGUGAAAGUGGGAAUUGUGGAGCACAGCUUGUCCACUUCAGUGGACUCUGAUGACGCAGUGAUGGUGGGCAGCGUGAACAUGCUCUCCUCACCUCCAGCUCAGACGGGAACACCGUACGGGAAAGACAUGACCUCGACACCUCCGUCAUCACCCUCCGUUUCUGCCAGUCUGUCUGGAGCAGGUUCUCCAGGCACCGGCGGUGAGGUGAUGGGUCUCCAGGUAGACUACUGGACGUUGCAGGGCACAGAGAAGAAGAAAGAAGGUGAAAAGCGAGACGUGGGGAUUAAAAACACCCUGAAGAGUAACUUCCGCUCACUGCAGGUUUCUCGAAUCCCCAACGGAGGAGAGCCGACGCCUCCACCCGGCAUGGCCAUGACCGUCGUGAUGAAGGAAAAGAACAAGAAAGUGAUUUUUCUGAGCAAGAAGCCAAAAGAGAAGGACGUGGACUCUAAGAGUCAGGUGAUCGACAGCAUCAGCAGACUGAUCUGCACCGCCAAACACCAGCACACCAUGCUGAAGGUGUCUAUUGAUGGCGUGGAGUGGCACGACGUGAAGUUUUUCCAGCUAGCCGCGCAGUGGCCGACUCAUGUGAAACACUUCCCUGUAGGAAUCUUCGGCUACAGCAAGCCAGUGUGAACUUCUCCGGCCGGACAAAACAGACGAAUGGAUUUUCCUGUGGAAAUGGUCAUUUUGAAAGCCUGUGUCCUCGACAGAAAUGUUGUUAUUGAUGUUACUUGUCAUUUUUGUUGCUUUGGCGGUGAAAGGAACAUCGGUGUGUUUGAAACAAACGCUGUCUUUUGUGUUGAGAUCAGCAGCACAUGUUGUGGUAGGAAUCGUACAGACACGUACGGCAGCUUCAGUUUGCACUUUGUUGGGUUAUAGUUUGUUAUUAUUUCUGUGAAAUUUUCAGUGUUUAUAAUUGUUCUAUGUACAAUAUUAUAAGGGUGGGAUUUAUGAAGUGAGCUUGAUUGAAAUUUGUAUUUGUGUGCGGUUUUGGUAAUUCUGUGGUAAUAUUUAAAGGGGCUAUAUGUUAUUAGCCUCGUUGUUAGCGACACCGGUGGCCGUUAAGUGAACUGCAGCCGGUAAAUUACUUGUACUCGUGCAAACUUAACAUACAAGAAACUGACCAUGAUCUAGAGCCCCAAUAUACUAACAGUGAAGUUAAAAGUUUGGAAAUAACAACUUUUUUUCAAGCUAUAUGUUAUUGGCUUUGUUAUUAGUGACAUCGGUGGUCGUUUUGUGAACUGCAACUUACUUGUAUUCAACGCACAUGAGACCGAACGUGAUUCAGAGCCUCAGUAUGCUCACGGCUAAGAUUUUUUACAUUAAAAGUUGAAAAUUUCAACUUUUUAAAUUUGUUAUAUGUCAUUAGCUUAGUUAUUAGCGACACCGGUGGCCACUAAGUGAACUGCUAUGAACUACGAACUUACUUGUGCUUGUGCAAACUUAACGCACAUGAGACUGAACGUGAUUUAGAGCCCCAAUAUGCUAACAGCAAAGAUCUAUACUAAACAAAAUUGAAAAUAUAAACUUUUUUAGUAACUUUAUGUCAUUAGCUUGUUAUUAAUAGGGUAGUAAUAAGCGGCCAAUGGAAUAGAAAUUUUUAAUCCAAAUUUUAAUUACUGCGACAAUAUACUAGUUCGGCCAACAUUUAAAGAUGCUGCUUCUUCUUUAACUGUUUUCAAGUGUAGCAGUGUGUCCAAAGCUCUUUUUUCUUCUAUAUUGAGCUUUAUUAUUAGCGACACCGGUGGCCAUAAAGGGAACUGCAGCUGGUUACUGGCUCAUACUUGUGCAAACUUAAUGCACAAAUGACCGAACGUGAUUCAGACCCCCAAUAUGCUAACGGCAAAGAUUGUUUACAUGAAAAGUUAGAAAUAUUAAUUAUUAUUAGUAGAUGCACUUUUUAGGUCUCCUCGAAGUUGACUCCAAUUUUUAAAUUAUCCAGCAAUAUAAUAGUUCGCCCAACAUUUGAAGUCGCUGCUUCGUCCUUAACUGUUUUCGAGUGUAGCAGUAUAUCCAAAGCUUCUUUUUUUUUCUAUAUUGAGCCUUGUUAUUAGCGACACUGGUGACCGUUAAGGGAACUGCAGCUGGUAACUUGCUUGUAUUUGUGCAAACAAUGCACAAGAAAUUGAACAUGAUUCAAAGGCCAAAUAUGCUAAAGGCGAAGAAUUUUUAUGUAAAAAGUUGAAAAUAUCAUAUGUCAUUAGCUUAGUUAUUAGCGAUACCGGUGGCCAUUAAGUGAUUUGCAACUUCACGCACAUGAGACCAAAUGUGAUUCAGAGCCCCAAUAUGUUAACGGCAAAGAUCUUUUACAUAAAAAGUUGAAAAUAUAAACGUUUUUAAUGAGCUUUAUGUCAUUAGCUCUGUUAUUAGUGGGGGCGCUAAUGAGCGACUAAUGAAGUAGACAUUUUUUUUCUCCAAUUUUUAAUUUAUGUGACAAUAUAGUAGUUCGCCCAACAUUUGAAGACGCUGCUACUUCCUUAACGGUUUUCGAGUGUAGCAGUGUGUCUUCUAUAUUGAGGCUUGUUAUUAGCGACACCGGUGGCCGUUAAGUGAACUGCAGCCUGUAACUUGCUCAUACUUGUGCAAACUUAACACACAGGAGACAGAACGUGAUUUAGAGCCCUAACAUGCUAACAGCAAAAAUCUUUUAUGUAAAAAGUUGAAAAUAUCAACUAUGUCAUUAGCUUUUAGCGGGGAUGCCAUCAAUCAGUUAAUAAAGUAGAUGCAAUUUUUAGGUCUGUCAAUACACUAGUUUUUCCAACAUUCAAAGUUGCUGCUUCUUCCUUAACUGAUUUAAUUGUUGCAGUGUGUCCAAAGCUCUAUUUUCUUCAAUAUUGAGCUUUAUUAUUAGCGACACCGGUGGCUGUUAAGGUUACUGCAAGCGGUAACUUGCUUGUACUUGUGCAGGCUUAUCACACAAGAGACUGACCAUGAUUCAGAGCCCCAAUAUACUAACGUAAAAAAUUAAACGUAAAAAUUACCAUUAGCUUUGUUAUUAGUGACACCGGUGGCCUUUAAGUGAACUGCAGCCAGUUCUUGUACUUGCGUGGACUGACCAUGAUUCAGACCCCCCAAUAUUCUAACGCCGAAAAUUGGAAAUAUCAACUUUUUAAAAAGCUAUAUGUGAUUAGUUUUUGUUAUUAGUGACGCCAGUGGCCACUAAGUGAACUGCAGCUAGUAGAAUUUUUGCGUAAAAAGAAAAUUGGCAAAUGCUUCACAUCGAUAUACUUAACCGGAAACCUCCAGACGCCGUCCAUGCUGCUGACAGUGACAUUGAAAUAUUCUCUGCACCUUUUACUCUCCCACCUUUUACUCUAUAAUUCACCAGCAUCAUGUUGAGAGAGUAGGCCAUUAAAAUUACACUUAUUUGAUUAUAGAGUAUAUUUGAAACUAUAGAUUAUAUUGUUCCAGACAUGCGAGACUAACGCCUUUUAUUUGCAUGACACAUUGAUGUAAAAUAUAUAAAUAUUCAUGCAUAAAUAUUGUUACAUAUAGCCCCUUUAAAGAAAUAGCUUUCCAAAAAUCAGAGUUGUUAUUGAACUCGUUAGUCAGAUGACCGAUUUGUCCGAGGAACAGGUCUUCAUAGCUCUUAAAUCUCAUUUUGUGCCAGUUUUAAUGUCUUUGAAAUGUAUUUUUGGGUUUUAAAGUGGGCGAGGCCGCGAGACAAGUGGGAGGGGUUUGAAUACAAGUGGGAGGGACCGCAAGACAAGUCGGAGGAGUUUGAUUACAAGUGAAAGGGACUGCGAGACAAGUGGGAGGAGUUUAAAUACAAGUGGGAGGGGCUUUGUAACAAGUGGGAGGAGUUUGAAUACAAGUGGGGAUUAUUAUUUGCGACAUCGGUGGCCGUUUAGUGAACUGUAGCCUGUUUUGCAUGUUCAUACUCAUGCAAACUUAACAUACAGGAGACCGAACAUGAUUCACAGCCCAAUAACUUAAUGGCGACAAUUUAUGUAAAAAGAAGUUAAUUUUUGGAAAUAUCAACUGUUCGAUAACCUUUAUGUUAUUAGCGACACUGGUGGGCUUUAAGUGAACUGCAGCCAGUAACUUGCUUGUACUUGUGCAAACGUUUGAAUACAAGUGGGGAUUAUUAUUUGCGACACCAGUGGGCGUUCAGUGAACUGUAGCCAAUAACUUGUUCAUAUUCAUGCAAACUUAACGCACAGGAGACCAAACGAGAUUUACAGCCCUAAUAAACUAAUGGCGACAAUUUACGUAAAAACCUUUCGAAUAAUCUAUAUUAUUAGCGACACCUGUAGGCUACAGCCAGUAACUUGCUUGUACUCAAACAAUAUUGCUUGUACUUAAGUUGCAAACUUACACAUAUUAGGUUUACGGUUUCUUUAAAUAUCAAGAAUACAAAUGGGAGGAGCUACGGGCAGUGGGAGGAGUUUCAAGGGGGGGCUUUAUAACCAGUAAGAAGGGUUUAAAUACAAUUGGAAGGGUCUGUGAGACAAGUGGGAGGGGUCUGAAUACAUAUUAUAAAGAGUUUGUGACAAAUGGGAGGCGUUUGAAUACAUAUGGGAGGGGCUUUGUGAUAAGUGGGAGGAAUUUGAAUGCCAGUUGGAUUGUUAUUUGUGACACCGGUGGCCGUUUAGUGAACUGCAGCCAGUAACUUGCUUGUACUUGUGCAUACUUAACAUUUUUGGGUUUCUUUAAAUAACGAGAGGGAGUUUGGAUGCAAGUGGGGGGAGCUCUGGUGCCAAUGGGAGGAGUUUGAAUACACUUCAAGGAGCUAUGAGGCAAGUGGUAGGGGGUCUUUGUGUUAGUUGGGAGGGAUUUGAAUACAAUCGGUAAGGCCUGUGAGGCAAGUGGGAGGGGUUUGAUACAAGUAGGAGGGGCUUUGUGACAAGUGGGAGGGGUUUAUUGAAUGAUUUUUAACGUAGCUGUGAAUACUGAAGGGCACAUCCUUUAAACUUAAGCAAGAUGAACCCUUUUAGAAUAAGAAAAGUGAGUAUAUUUAAAACAGUGCUUUAUAAUAAUAGCCAUGUCGGCGGGGAAGGGAACACGUGUGGACAAAUGUGGUGCUUUAAGUUUUCUUGUGUGAGAAAGGGAGAUCUCGGUUUGUAAAAUGCUUUAAAACGCCCUUUAAAUGGUUUUAUUUGCUCUUCGUGUGGUGGUAUGAGCGGAUUUCUUUCACUUUUGACUCUUUCUACCUGCCAUGUCUGAUCAUUCACUGCGAGUGUCUUUGUGCGCUGAAAACAGGGUCCAGUUACUGCCAGCUAAUAAGGGCUCAACACUAAGGAUUGUUAGGAUGAGAACGGGACAUCCGGUCCGACUUUUUGUAACUUUUUUGUGGUCGUUUUUUUUUCCCGCUCUUGACGAAGUCCCUUUACAAAAAUGGCCUGUUUGUAAAUACCGCGUGAGGGUGGAAGCAGCUUUACCUGUGGUUGUUUGUGUGCGUUUGUGUCCGUGUGAAAGAGAUAUUCAGUAUUAUUUUCAUUUGGUGAGUUACAGCUUGUGGCUUUUUUUACAGCCAAGAUAUACUUACACUGCGCAUUAAAUAGAUGUUUUUCAUGUCUUUCAAGAGUACCGUUCUUUUCAAUGUACUACUUUUUGUACUUUUUUGUUUAAUUGAAGUGGGCUGCUGAGGUUUAUUCGACCGUUUUGCGGCCUCUGGUUGUUUUUAAGCACUACUUUUAGGUCAACGUCAGACGAGAGAACGCUAAUAUUUGAUGGGUCUGUAUUAAAUAGAAACGCAGACGUUUUUGCACAAAGCUUAUUUUUAAGUUGGACAGUAUUGAUUCUGAACGAACCACUGAGGAAAGCUUCUCUUGGAUUCUGUGUGUACAUAAGCGUACAGUAUACUGCCAUUUCAUAUCCUUUAUACUGGUUUGAAUUGUCAUACGAAUACUAAAAUGAUUUUAACCAUGGCUGCAUUGUGAUUUUUUAACAUUUACUAUUAGUAUUUGUUUUUUCUAUUUCCCUUUUUAAAGGAGUUGAACUCUUUUAUAGACUUACUUUUGUUUUUGUUUGUUUCUUUUCGGUUUGUUUUCUGACAUUUAACAUGUAAAUGAAAGUAAGAGCGUGAACCGGUGUGUUCUGUUGUGGAGUGCACAGACAUAAAUAAUGUUAGUUUUAUUUUGUUUUCAGAUUUGAUAAAUACCUACUGGAGGAUUGUGCAAAUAAAUGACGAAUAAUAAAAAUA